AUGUCUCAUAACAUCGAUUUUGUUACAUUUCUAAUGAACCAACAUAAUAUUCCAAUUGACGUCAACCAAUGCAUUAAUUACGAAAACAUUCAAGCAUUUUUUAUUCAUUAUGAUCAAUCAAAUGAUAUAGAGGGAUUCAUUGCUAAAACAUGUUAUUUAAUCGUUGAUCAGAAAACUAUUUUUUCUGCAUUAUAUAAAAUUACUUUUUCUCUUUUGCCUAAAAUUUUAGAUAAAAAAUACCAAGGACUUCUUAACAGUGCAAAAGCAAUUCUUAUCUAUGAUUUUGAUUCUCAUGAUGUAGAUUUCAAUUUCAUAGAUGAUAAUGGAAAAACUAUUCUUCAUCAUGCUGCAGAACACUUUCAUUUUGAAUGGUGUGAUUAUAUAUUUGAUAAUUUAGGACCUAUAGUCAACAAACAAGACAAUGAAGGGAAGACGGCCCUUCAUUAUGCAGCAAUUAAUGAUAAUAUAGAAUUUUUAAAUGAACUCUUAUAUAAUAAUAUAAAUUCCGAAAUACGUGACGAUGAAGGGAAGACAGCCCUUCAUUAUGCAGCAGAAAGUGGUAUUAAAAGCAUAACAAAGCAAUUGUUAUGUCCUUUUGACAAUUGUACUGAAAUAUGCGACGAUGAAGGAAAAUUACCUCUACAUUACGCAGUAAUAAGUGGUAAUGUCAAAACCGCAUUAGCACUCAUAGAGAGAACCAGUAGAAUCAGAAAAAGGGAUAAUAAUUCGAAGUUUCCUCUUCAAUAUGCUGUCGAUGAUCCAGAAAUGUUUAAAAAACUCAUUUUUGAUCCAAAAACACGAAACCAGUAUUAUGAAAGAGAAGAUGCAUUGGAAUGCAAUAAUAUUGCAUCUCAAGACGUACGAAGAAUAAUUUAUGAUUUGGAGCAUUAUCUCUGGUAUCCGGGUGAUGACUAA